AAAGCAACCAACUCAAUUACCCCACUGGAUAAACCAUACGCUUUAUUUAACUAUUUCGCAACCGAAACUCACUUAAUUCAACCUCAUGACACAAAGGUCCCGGCUCUGUCUGUCUACCCACCAAGGGAUACUUGGCCUGAGGAUCCCCGUAUUUACACACACCAGCGUACACACUCAUACGUAAGAAGAUUGAUUCUACAAAUGAACAAGUUUUCUACACUGCCCUAAAUGGAGGUCAAUAUAUCUGCUGCAUCUGGCCUUAGAUAUAAUGCAAAUGUAAACGUCUGGAUGGAAGACGGUGGAAAAAGCUUAACCCAUGACACUUGAACACUUAAAAAGUUGCUUUCAAUAGAGAAAGUUUUCUUUACCUGCAGAAAUUCUUCCUGCAAUAAUGGAUAGAGAGGACGGCCUCUCGCAAAAUGCUGAGAAAACAAGCCACGAACAUAAUGGCUCCAAAGAUAACUACAAGAGGAUAGAGGCCAAAGGAACCUGUUUAAAAAUCAAAGGGAAAGAUGGUUAUGUGUUCAAAUCAUACAGCAUUACUCCUCGUGAGAUUUCGGAUGCACAGCCCCCUCCCUGUCCUUCAGAUACACUGGCUAAAGACUCUUUGGUGCCUUUGCCAUUUGAAGGCACAGAGGAAGAUCUAUCUUCUCAGGUUGACAGGGUUUCAACUGAGGAUUCGACAGUUGAAACUUGUGAAAAGCAUGACUCUCCAGCUAUUUCAGAUAAGACCCAGAACACAGAAAUAAAUAAUUCAUCAGAAAGCAAAACGAGUGUAUGUAUCAAAGCAGAACCAAAUGAAAUGGGUGAAACUGCUCAGGACGAUGAAAAGUUAUCUUUUGAUGGGGCCUUUGGCCCUUUUGCCACCAGAGGUUAUGAUGAUGAGUAUGGUAGCUUGUUUAGUGGCUACUCAAGUACUCUUUAUGAUGUUGCAAUGGAUGCAGUUACACAAAGCCUUCUGUCGUCCAUUCGAAGUCCCCUUAACCCUAGAAAAAAAUCUCCUGCCUGGAACCAUUUUUUCAUAUCACCACGUGAUAGUACCAAAGCAAUCUGUAUGUACUGUAUGAAGGAGUUCAGUCGGGGUAAAAACGAGAAAGACCUCAGUACUAGUUGUUUAAUGAGGCAUGUGCGAAGGGCUCACCCCUCUGUUCUUCUGCAAGAUGGCGACCCAUUAAAUAAUUGUUCCAAUACUUCCUCAUCUUUAAUACCUCCUAAUGUAUCCGCAAACAGUGGAGACUUGGCUGGAAGCAUCAAGCCCAACAUAGACAACCAUACUUCACUGCCCACCUUUUUAGCAGAGGCCACAGAUGUAGUGUCCAAAGAGUCUUUACAAAAGGUCAAACCAAAUGCAGAAAAGAGUGUUGAGGGUGACUCUAGUACAGUUCCAUCCCCACAUUCCUUUAACAACCCUAAUGAGGAUACCAUAGACCUAGGGUCUGAAAGUCCUGGAUCUGCACCCAAGAGCUCGAAUUCUCGGCGGCGCUCAGCAGUAUGGAAACACUUUUAUUUAUCACCUGCUGACAGCUCGAAAGCUGUGUGUAUUCACUGCAUGAAUGAGUUCAGUCGUGGUAAAAAUGGGAAAGACUUGGGAACGAGCUGCCUUAUUCGUCACAUGUGGCGGGCCCAUAGAGACAUAGUCAUUGAAGAAAACGGACAGGGCUCAAGCAUUCCUCCACCUUUCACCACUCCGCCAACACUUCUGUCGAGCACACAGGUUCAGGACUCCACAGAGAUCAAAAAGGAACUCUUCUGUACCCCAUAUCCCCCUCAAACCAUAUCAGACGAUGUGCCCAAUGAUGACAGUGAGCACAUGACGAUUGAAGAGGAGGCGAACAAUACUACAUAUCAAUCUUUACAAGAGUCCACACUUGAGGCAUCUUUUGGACUGAAAGGGGAAAGCAUACCUUUGUUAUUCUCUCCAGAGGAGCACACUGAGGGGCAGAGUCUAUCCCAAGAUCCAAGUUCAAUUUUCCAGCAAAACAAGAAAAUAAUGAAACGGGUGAAAUCAGAAGUAUGGCAUCAUUUCAUUGUAUCUCCUGUAGACCAACUUAAAGCGUUGUGUCGGUACUGUCCCUGUGUAAUUAGUCGCGGUAAACGUGGGGACUUUGGCACAAGCUGUUUAAUGAGACAUUUGAUGCGACGGCAUCCUAAUGUCCUCAAGACCCCAAAAAGCACAAGUAACAAAGAUAUCUCGCCCCAGUCACCCCAAUCUACUCCUCCUGCAGAGGAAAGCAUGCUAUCACAUGCAAUGGACAGCCCUGCUAUUGAGAACAAACCCCAUGCUCUGCCUGGUUUCAGCAAAAAGACUUCAAAGCUGUGGAAUCACUUUUCUAUUUCCUCUACAGACCCAACAAAAGUGGUCUGUUUGCACUGUAGUCGCACAAUUAGUAGGGGCAAAAAGACAACCAAUUUAGGCACUAGUUGCUUAUUGAGGCACAUGCAGAGGUUUCAUGGACAUGUGCUUGAAAACAAUAGUAAUAUCUCAGGUGAUGUGUCAUCUGCUGAAAUUCAAGUGAAGCAGGAGCUCAUAGACAUUUCUACUCAUGGGGAGAAUGCAGAGAAAUUCAGCGAAUGCCACCCAGUUGCCAAAAAAAUCACCAAACUCAUAGCAGAAAUGCUUGCACUGGAUCUUCAGCCAUCAAACGUAGUGGAGAAUGUUGGCCUGAACCGGUUACUUGAAUACCUCCAGCCACAGUAUUCUCUACCUUCAUCAUGCUACUUCACCAGCACUGCAAUUCCAGACAUGUACAGAAACGUGAAAGAGGUUGUUCUCAAACACCUCAAGGAGGCUGAAGGAGGAGUCAUCCAUUUCACCACAAGUGUAUGGGUGAGCAGCCAAACCCAAGAGUACUUGAUUCUUACAGCCCACUGGGUAACAUUUGAGUCACAGGUUAUUCCUCAAGGGCAUGAUUUCCACUGCUCAGCCCUUCUUGGUGUUUCCUCAAUUGACUGUGACUUUAAUAUGCUGAGCAUACAGAAGCAGCUUGAAGAUUUUUGGGACACCUGGAUUGGUUCCUCAGGCCUUAAAACUGGAUUCACUGUAACGGAUAAUCAAACUAUUGGAAGCAUACUAGAGAGCAAUCACCAUGCCACCAUGCAGUGUUUUGGUCACAACAUAGACCUCAUUGUCAAUGAAGCCAUAAAAAGUCAGAGGAUGGUGCAGAACUUGCUCAGCAUUGCUCGAAAAAUCUGCGAGCGAGUACAUCGUUCUGUGAAAGCAAAGGAGAAGUUGGCGGAACUGCAGAAAGCUUAUCAGUUGCCUGAAAAUCCACUGGUCCAGGACGUUCCCUCUAAGUGGAAGACAUCCUAUUUUAUGCUUGAGAGAUUAGUAGAACAAAAAAAAGCCAUCGAUGAGAUGUCUUUCGAGUGCAAUUACAGGGAACUGAUAAGCUGUGACCAAUGGGAAGUCAUGCUGUCAGUUUGCAAUGCCCUGAAGCCUUUCGAGGUAGCCUGCAGGGAGAUGAGCAACCGCACUGCAACACUAGGUCAGGUCAUUCCACUCAUUCACAUUCUUAAUCGAAAGAUAGAAUUGCUUUUUGAUGAAACCAUGGGUAUUGAUAACAUGCUCAAGUCCUUAAAGGAGGCCAUGGUGAUGAGAAUGUCUCCUACCCUUCAUGAUCCAAGGUACAUAUGGGCAACUAUGUUGGACCCAAGGUAUAAGACCUCCCUCUUCACUGAGGAGGAGGCCGAGCAGUGCAAGCAGGGCCUCAUACAAGAGCUUGAGAUGUCUUCAUCUACCACUGCAGAGAAUAAACCACCACUGUCCAAUGGAUGCAGUGAGAUGACAACUCCAUUAAAUAGAUCGGCCACAAACAAAGACAACCUCUGGGCGCUGAUGGAUGACAUCAGACAGAAAAUCAAGCAAGAGGAGAAACCAAAAUCAUUAGAGCUUGCGGUGCUGGAGUAUUUAGAGGAGGACAUCCUUGACCAGAGCUCUGAUCCUCUAGAUUAUUGGAACCUGAAAAAAUUAUUGUGGCCUGACCUUGCCAAAGUAGCUGUACGCUAUGUAGGUUGCCCACCCAGCAUUGUACCAGCAGACACACUGUUCAGCACAUCCAGUGUCAACUGUACCCUGAAUCAAUCUCGACCAUUGCUAGAAAAUCUUGAAGGACUCCUGUUUUUAAAGGUCAACCUUCCUUUGAUAUAUUUUCAGUACUGAUUAAAUAGUUAUAUUUGCAAAACUGUUUCUUAAAGUCCGAUGAGCCCCAACCAAGGACCAAAUCACUUUUCUGAGAAGGACCGUCUAUCCAUUAUUUUUUAAACGGAGGUUCAUAUUCAAUACACAUUUUGAUUAUUUGGAUAAUAUUCAGCUAAAUAAAAGAUUGCUUUGUGAGUACUACUGUUGAACACUUGAUAACUGGAGUUUGUCUUAUUCCUGGUAAAAAGUGUUUUCAGGGAGGGAGGGUUAGCUAGCUGUAGGGGUAGUUGUUGUUUGUUGCUGAACUGUUUUGUACUAUUUAUUUUUAAAUGACACAUCUUUGUCUUCUCUCUCCUUGUGCCUUAUACAAACUACUUCAGGUCAACAUGCUCUAAAUAUGAACUAAUGUUCAAAGAAAGUCAUAGUCUUCUGAUAGAAAUGAUUUUGUAAAAUUGAAUCUACAUGCUGAAAACUGUUUUUAAUGAGCACAUGGCCCAAAAUAAAUGCUGUGACAGAGAUGUUUAAAUGUUUAUUUAAUUUUUUCAUUGUGAUUUUGUGGUUAAUGGUACUGUUUUAAUUAGUUUCUUUGCUGAUGAUUGUUUUUCUUUUUUACAGAUUAUGUAAAUAAUGUACUUUCAGGUUGAGUAAUCUGUUUGAAAAGGCGUUUGUCUCUUAAGCACAACUCUUUUUAUAUCUAAGGGAUUAAAUUAUGGGAAAACAAGUAAAUGUAUUGUACAUUUUAUAAUCAUUUCUUAAUAUAAUUUGAUAAAGGAGGAAGUAUUCAGACUGGAAAGAUUUGACUUCUGUGGUUAUUUGUAAAUAAAAGGUA